AUGAGGUCUGCACUGCACGGUCACGCCAGGAAGCACGAGCUGGCAGUGCACAACCACCAGUACCCGCUGCACUGCCCGCAUUGCAGCAAGGGUAGCAAUGUGACCAAGCACGAGAAGAUCCACACGGGCGAGCGGCCGUUCGUAUUCCAUGUCUAUGACAGGGGCUUCAACAAGCGAAGGAAUUUUAGCAGGCACUUGCUGGGGCACAAGGGGGAGAGGCCUCACGUGUACACAGACUGCGGCCGGCGCAUUACCCAGGUGUCAAACAAGGUGCGUCACCGGAGGCGGCAGCACUCGGCCGAAAGCACUCGACGUCACGUGUUCUCCGAGUGCGGAAAAGCGUUCACGAAGAGGGGCCAUCUCACCAUUCCCCUGCUGAACCACACUGUUCAGAUGCCGCACGCGUGCCCUGAGUGCGGUAUAAGGUCUGCACUGCACGGUCACGCCAGGAAGCACGAGCUGGCAGUGCACAACCACCAGUACCCGCUGCACUGCCCGCAUUGCAGCAAGGGGUGUCCGAGCAUGAAUGUGCUUAGAAACCAUGUGCGCGCUCGUCACCGAGACGAAGACAAUGGCGAAGAGAAUGGAGACCAGUGA